AUGGGUUACUAUAUGGCCGUCAACUUCAUCCUCGCUUCUCUCUUCCUCUCUACGGUGUAUGUUCGCGCGGAUUCCAUGUCCAAUGGAACCGAUCCAAAAUUCUGGGCUGCUUUGCAACCUUCAAUCGGCUCAAACGAUGUCAUAUCUGCAUCUGACCUUUUCGUACAACCAAUUUUGAACAAAAGAUUCACCCCGUUCGCAGGUCUUGGGCAAGGCUUGCAGAAUAUCACUGUCAGGCAAUCCGGGUGUCCAGUCCCGUGCGGGGGAGGAUGCUGUCAAUCUGCCGAAACAUGCUGCUCGGACAACGGUUGCUGUAACGCGGGAGAAAAAUGCUCCGCCGGUACCAGUGGUGAAAUUGGCUGCUGCCCGUCGACCUACCUGCAAUGUGCCACUGGUGGUUGUUGUCCACCUGGUGCACAAUGUUGUACCGACAGCGGAGGCGGAUGUUGUCCAGCUGGUUGGCACUGUUGUGGAAACCAGCAAUGCUGUCCAGGGGACGCAGGUGGAGAUGGUGGAGGAAGUGGGCCAGGUUCGGUCUCGUGUGGAAACGACAAAACAUGUCCUUCCGGGCAAAGCUGUUGUGGAGACGGGUGUUCUGAACAAGGGUCACAGUGCUGCCAGGACCAUCAGUGUUCUAAUGGCGCUCAGUGUUGUGGCUCUGGGUGUUUCGACUCGGGUUCCGAGCAAUGUUGUGAUGGAAAGGGGACGUGUCCCAACGAUUCUACGUGUUGUGGGGACGUUUGUUGUACUUCCGGUCAGACUUGUCAGAAUGGAAGUUGUCAGGGGAGUGCGCCUCCUCCGCCGCCACCACCACCACCACCAACUACUGAUACUAGCACGAGCACGAGCACGAGCGCGACUACCUCUACUUCAAUUUCGUUUGGUGCACCUCCUUCAACCGCUACCCCUAACCUUCCCCCUCCUCCUAAUACCGGUCGCCCGACUUCCACGCCCGCUCUUGGCGGUGGAACUGGAAUCGGUGGAACAGGAACCUCGCUAUCGCUAGGUCCUGACUCUGAAACCACAUCAGCGCAGGCUGAUGCAACUAGCCCCCCAAAUACAGGAGUUUCUAUGUUCCAACCUCACUUUGUUCACUUACUUUUCGUUUCUUCUAUGGUUCUGUUCUUACUCUAA